GUGUUUCCCGAUCGAUCUCCUCUCCUACCAUCCAAGCCCGAAGCACUAUAAGUAAACUGCCGCACGUACGCUCGCUUAUUCCCAUUGCCUCCCCGAACAUCGAUCUCCUACGAUCAGAUCCGGUUUCACUUCACCAUCACGCGCGAUGGCUAGCUUGAUGCCAUCGCUUGCCAUGGACCUGCCACAAGAAGAAGGAGGCCACGAGGACUCCGCGUUCCUCGGCGUCGUGGGAGAUCCAGACGACUCGGAGUUGGCCUCGUUGGUGGCCGGGGCGCUGAAGACGGUGGACGCGCCGUCCGACGACGACGACGACGAGCUCAGCUGCCCGAUCUGCUUGGAGGAGGACGACGCCGCGGCGUGGAAGGAGACACCGUGCGGGCACCGGUUCCACGGGCGGUGCGUAGAGAGGUGGCUGCAGGAGAAAGAGAGCUGUCCCAUGUGCCGUCGCGAGGUCGUCACGGCGCCCGCCGCCACCGCAGAUUGUACUGCUGCACACCUACAUUUCUUGUGGAUAGCUGCCUUGGGGUUGCAUGUGUUUGGCGAUGUUCCUGUGGACGACAUGGAAACUGAUGAUGAUGAUGAUGCUUAGGGAGAGCUUCCGGUCGACGUCGGGCACCAGGCUCGAAGCUGAGAUGCUUUUUGAUCGAGAUAAGUCCCCAUGCAUGCAUGCGUGAAGCUCGGGGCCAGGAGACCUACCGUGGAAACUGUACGUAGUGAGAGAUGCAUCACCUAGUACAUUGGACAUGUCGGUCCGAAUCGAAGGGACAUGCUUUGGCCUUCCUUUUGUGUAAAAGAUCAGAUGUAAACUGU